AUGAACAGGCGACCCACGCCGCAGCAGCCGCGGCAAGAGCACGGCACAUCUCUCGCCGCGCGGACGUCACCGCUACCGCCGCUGUCUCCGACGGCGGCGGCAGUGGCGGCGGCGAGCGGUGCGCGGCACGAAUCGUUGCUGGGGAAGCGGACGCGGGAGGAGCUUCACGAGGGAUUGCAGGAGAAGUGGGCAGCGUUUGGCAAGGAUGGAGUCAUGUUGGGCGACAGCGGCGCGGAGUCCGCUGCAGCUGCUGCUGCUGCGGCUGCUGUUGCAGGCGCCAUGGAUGAAGCACCUGAUAGCUUCGUUGGCACUGACUCUUCCCGUUCUCCCUCUCCUCCCUCCCAUUUCUCUGCCCCGUUGCCCCCUCCUCCCCUAUCCCUCCCCUCCUUUCGCUCGCCCUUCCUUUCCCAUUUCGCCUCCACACUACCCCCCGCUCUCCCUCUCUCUUCCCCCCUCUCUCCCACUCCAACCUCUCUCCCACUUCCUUACUCCCUCUCCCUUCCCCCCUUUCUUCCUCUCCCUCUCCCUUUCUCUCCAACUCUCGGCCCCCUUCCCCCUCUCUCCGUUUCCCCUCCGCUCUCCCGCCGCUUCCCCACCCCCGCUCCUCCCUGUGCAGCCCGGACCACGAGCAACUACUGCUGGACCCCUCUUGGCCGCCCUCCACCACUCUCUCCUUCCCCGACCUCCCCCACAAGAAGCUCCCUACCUUCCUCCACUGCUGCUGCUAUCACGGCUGCUCGUGCGUCCGCGUCGAUUUGGGGUGUGGGAGGAAGGGAGGGCGGAGGGGUGGUGGGGGGAGCGCAGCAUUUCACCGAAGCGCAGGCUGCUGGUUCUGGGGGGGAGUUGGAGCGGAGCGGGCAGGCGGGAGAGGGAUUUGGGGAAGCAGGUGUUGUGGGUGGUGAUGGUGAUGUUGCUCGCAGUAUUGCUGGUAUGGCUGCAGAAGUGAUGAUUCGUGCGGCCGGACCUGGCACUGUAGGAGGAGAGGGAGCAGGGGCGGCCUGUGGUGCGACAGCGAGAAGGGGAGACGCCGGGGGCACGGGGAAGGGGGGAGCUAUGCAAAUGGGGAGAGCAGGGGCGGCAGGGAGAUCUGAGGGAGUGUGUGUGGGAAGGGGAGUAGGAGGUGGGGGAGAAUCAGGAGGGGCGGGUGCAGGGGGAGGGAGCACUGGGGGAGCUGGGGGAGUGGGGGGAGUGGGGGCAGGGGCAACCAAGGGAGCAAGGGGAGCGGGAGCAGGGUCGGUAAAGCCGGUGUUGAAUUUCGCCCAGUUCUCGCGACCACUGCAGCAGUAUGGCAGUGCGCAUGUGAGGACCCUCCGUGCUGCCAUUUCUCGCACCAACACACGCCUUACCCCUCUCCCUUCUGCUCCUGCCACCGCUGCUGCUUCUGCCACCACCGUUGCUGCUUCCAGAGUUGCUGCCGCUGCUGCUGCUUGUGGUGCUGGUGGGGCUGCUGCAAGCAAUAAUGCGGCGGCACAGGUCGAGAGACACUCUACAGCCCAACUACCUGAUGCUUCCAUCCCAUAUUCCUCCCGCUCUUCCUCCCGCCCUUCCUCCCUCCCGUCCUCCCGCUCUUCCGCCCGUACUGGCCCAUCCUCUUUCCCAUCCAUGCCGCCUCCAACCAAACCAGCAUCCCCAGCUGCUCUCUCACUCCCCACAUCCUCCCCCACUCGCCCUCUCACACACACCCCCUCACCAACUCCCUCCCCCGCCCAUGCACCCAGCGUUCCUUCCCCGCUUGCUCCUCAUCCUCCCACGCGCGUCAGCUCUCCAGGGCAGAUGCUUCAGGGUGGCGGCCGGUACGUUCUUGCCUCUGCGUCUCCCACUGCCGUGCGCCGAUUCUCUUCUUUCGCUGCUGACACUGCUACCCAGUCCCUGCCCUUCUCUCUGCCGUUCCACUUCCCUGGUGCUGAUUUGGGCUUAGGGGCUGAGAGUGGGGGAGAAGAGGGGGGCUUGGUGGGAGAAGAGGGAGCAGGACAGAGUAGGGUAAUGGGGGGAGGAGGGAAGGAGGGAGGUGCGGAGGAAGGGAAGAAGACGCAGAGGGAUGCAGAGCAGCUAAUGCAGUUAUAUGAGCAGUAUAGAGGUAGGGAAGGGCAGGCGGGGGAGAGGCGGACGGAGGGGGGAGGAUGGAGGGGAGGGAGGGCAGGGGAGCCUGGAGAGAAAGGGGUUGGAGAGAGAGGGGCUAGUGUGGGCAGUGGUGCAGUGGCAAGCACUAGGGAAAGCAGGACAGAGAAAGAGUGGAAGGAGCAGCAGGUGGGAUGGAAGGCAGACGGAGAAAUGAGAACAGAGGGCGGGUUGGAUGAAGGUAAUGAUGUGAGGGACGAGGAUAAGGGGGUAGGUGCAGGGAAGAGAGAGGAGGGAAGGAAGGAGAGCAGGGGGGAUGGUGAGCGGGAGGAGGGGGGCAGCUGGAGAUGGGGUGGGGAAGGGAGUGGGGGAGAAGAGGAGGAGGAGGGCGACGACGACGAAGGAUUUGGGGAGGAGGAAGGGAGGGAAGAGGAGGAGGGGGACGGGGAGGCGGAGCGGGAGCGGAGAGAAAGAGAGGGGUGCAUGGUGGCAGCGCAGGGUUGUCUAGAGAGGGCGCUGGCAGGCUCAGAGAGAGGCGUUCUGCACAGCCCAGGGCCUGCCAUCCUAGGAGCGGGGCGUUGGCAGUUACAGGCCCCUGCACGUCGGCGGCGAGACAAGAUCAACGAGCGGUUCAACGCCAUGCGGGAGCUGCUGCCAGACUGCAGCAAGGCGGACAAGGCAUCACUGCUGGACAAGUUUAUAGAGCACAUUAAAGCCAUGCAGCUGCAGCUGCAGGUAAGCUCGCUCCCCUCUCUGCUCCUCCCGCCUAUUUUCUCGCCUUCUCCCCACCAUCCCACCCCCCCUCCGCUCCGCACCAUCCAUGCUGCCGCUUCCCCUCCCCAUCCCCUGCAUGCGCCCCAUCCCCUCAUCUGGCACCAAUCCUCUGCACUCCUCUUUCGACGGUUGGGAGCAGGAGUCACCGGCGCUGCAGCAGCGCAUGUCAUAGCCCCUCUCGUGGAACUAUCACCAACUGCUGUCACCACCGCCACCACCGCCACUGCAGCAGCCGCAGCAGCAGCAGCAGCAGCAGGGAUGCAGCAGAUGCAGUCGUCUCCCGAGCUCCACCACCCGCCCUUCCCUUUCCUGAUGCUUUCCCUGCUGCGGCUCUGUCAUCGCGACAUGGCAAAAGUGGCGAGGAUUCUGCGAGAGAGCAGGGGAGAAGGGCAUGAGGAGAGGCUUGGGGAGAGGCGUGGGGAUAGGCAUGGGGAGAGGCUUGGGGAAAGGCGUGGGGAGAGGCUUGGGGAAAGGCGUGGGGAGAGGCUUGGGGAGAGGCGUGGGGAGAGGCUUGGGGAGAGGCUUGGGGAGGGGAACAACAGAAGGUUGGGCGAAGAAAGGGGGACGCGUGCAGGGGCUCUUGGCUCAACAGCAGGUGCAGCAGGGGCAACAGGAGCCAUAGGUGGGACAGUGUCAGGUGCAACGGCGGGUGGUGAUGGUGUGGUGGGGGCAGAUGGAGGGGCAGGUUGGGACUUAGCAGCCAUGGAGGCUGCAGCACUGCAGGUAGCUCGCAUGGAGCAGGCAGGCAGGGGAGAGGCGGCGCCGCUAUUCCCACAUUCGCACUCCAAUCCAGGCAGAACUAGGGGUGGUGAGAGGAGGGGGCAGCAGCACGGGCAUAACGGGGGGCUCAGUGGUUGCUGGAUGGAAUGGGAGCAAGAGCUUGGAGGUGGAGGCGAGGAGAGCAGGAGGAGAGCAGGAGGAGAGCUUGAGGUGGCAUGGCAUGAGUUGGAGGGAGGGGUAGGUGUUGCUGCUCCAGGAAUGGGCGAUCUGCUAGUGAUGGGCGCACAAUCAGCAUCAGAAGCAGCGGAAGCAGCAGCAGAGGCGGCAGCAGCGGGCAUUGGUAACAACGGCAUGUGGGUGAGCGCGCUCACGUACUGCCCGCACGUGCUCUCCGCUGACGCAGACGCUGCGCUGCUGCCGCCGCACUCCGUUCCGCCCUUCGACUCGCUCUGCCACAGUUGCAAGGACGGUUCGGAGAACUGGGUGUGUCUGACGUGUGGAGUGGUGGCGUGUGGCCGGUACGUGGGCGGCCACAUGCUGCAGCACGUCACUGAAACAGCCCACCCACUGGCUGCUGGCUUCAGGUGCGCUCCUCCUCUCCUCUGUGCCCCCCACGAGGCUUCUCUGCCCCUCCCCUGCCCCUCCUCUCCUCCGCUUGACCUCUUAUUGGCCUAUCCUGUGGCUCUUAUGAGCUAUGUUGGACCUCUUAUUGGCCUAUGCUCGGGCUUUUCCUUUCAGCGCUCAGUGCAGUUUCUGUGA